AUGGAACACAUGGCGGAGUUGGCAACAAAUUUGGAACACGGUUUUACCACGUUUCAAACCUUGUGGAUUUCGACCGUCUGUCUCCUUGCGCCCUUUGCCUAUCUGGUGCUAUCUCAGAUAUCAAAAUCAGUAGGUGGUCGAUCAGACAAGGGAGAAGCCGAAUCCGAUACCCCAGAUCACUCGAAGUUUGAUACGUCAAAUAUACGUGUAACAAAGAUCUUAAUCCACCCCAUCAAGAGUUGCAAAGGCACUUCCGUUUCAGAGGCAAAGUACACUCUUCAUGGACUCGAUAAUGAUCGCAGAUGGAGCAUAAUAAGGGCGGAUAAUAAUGCAGUCGUGACUGCCCGAGAUGUGGCUAAGAUGGUUCUUAUAGUUCCUCGUAUCAUUCCUGACCCCUCAUCUCCCGAUGGCGGCCGGCUCGAGGUGUCUUUCCCAAAGGAGUCAGGCUGUGAGGCCUUCUCCGUGCCAUUAAACCCCACUGAGGAAGAGCUUCAGGGUUGGCAGAAUGUUGAUAUAUCUUUGUGGGGCAAGAAUGACAUCGAGGGGUACGUAUGUCAAACCAAUACAGGAAGGUCACCCUCGGAGAUACUUUCGCAAUAUAUGGGGUUGUCAGUACACUUGGCUGUGAAAGGCCCGCGUCCGCGGACCUGUCCACCGACUGUUCGGUUUCCCGACUUAGAUGCACCCUCAUAUUUUCAGGAUUCGUACCCUUUGUUGGUAGUGUCCGAAGAAAGUGUCGCGGCCGUGGAGAAGCUGAUCCAAGGGAUGGUGGGCAUGCAGGGCAUAGAGGAAAAGUGGUCCAGCGACACUUUACAGGUGGAAAGAUUCCGCCCCAACAUAGUGAUUAAAGGAGCUGGCGCACCUUUCUUCGAGGAUACGAUGACUGAAUUCACUAUCCAUCCUCAUCAUGAGAGUGUAGACGGGGCAUCUUCGAUCAUCCAGCUUGUGCGCAAAUGUACUCGUUGCGUGCUGCCAAAUGUACAUCCCGAGACGGGUAUACGUGACAAGGCGGUGCCAUUGAAAAUUUUAAUGAAGCAUAGAAGAGGUCUGGAUCCCGGGAGACCCAGACUACCCUGUAUGGGGUGCAAUGGGGUUUUCACCGCGAAUGGUGUAGUGAAAGUGGGGGAUUGGAUCCACGUACGUAAGACAGGAUUCGUGUGA